AUGGACGUAAAGCGCGACAAGCUCUUGCCGGCCGCGAUGGCCGAUUCGCUCCUGGCGCUGCUGGCGGCCGUCGUCGUCGUUGUCGUCGUCGCUGUCCACUCCCGCUCGCCGUCGUACGCCGUCGCCGUCUUUCUCGUGCUUGCCCUCAGUGUCACUGGUCGGUAA